AUGAAUAAUAGAGAUGAAGAGUACCAUGGUUUAAUCGAAGUAAUGGAUCCAUUGGUGAGAAACACUGCCAACCAGACAGGAUUUGGCAGGUACUUAGAGUUGGCAAUUCAAUGCGCCGAGGAAUCAGCUUCAGACCGACCAACAAUGAGUGAAGUUGUGAAAGCGCUAGAAACCAUAUUACAGAAUGAUGGUUUGAACACAAAUUCUACUUCUGCUUCUUCAUCUGCUACUGAUUUUGGAGUGACUAAGGGUGCUGCAAAGAGACAUCCUCACAUUGAUAAUAGUUUUACUGAGAAGGAUAGUGUUGAUGAGAGCAAUGCCUUGAUGUUAUAG